CCACGAGAACCGCCAUUGUCUGGCCGCCAUAUAAAAGGGAGUCGGAGGCGGAUCCUGGCACUGGCGUUCUCACCUUCCUUGGCAUCACAACCGAGUCUCGAGAUGGCGCUCAAGGCUGUAUUUAUCGCUACUGUUGUAGCUCUUCUUGUGGCAUGUGUGGCGGCAGGGCCACUAGCUGAUCCUGGGUAUGGCCAUGGUGGACACGGAGGGCAUGGCCACGGUGGACAUGGGGGUUAUGGCCAUGGUGGACAUGGAGGAUAUGGCCAUGGCGGGCAUGGAGGGUAUGGCCAUGGUGGACAUGGUCAUGGAGGAUAUGGCCAUGGCGGGCAUGGCCACGGUGGACAUGGGGGUUAUGGCCAUGGUGGACAUGGAGGCUAUGGUCAUGGUGGGCAUGGACAUGGAGGAUAUGGCCAUGGAGGGUAUGGCCACGGUGGACAUGGUCAUGGAGGAUAUGGACAUGGCGGGCAUGGCCACGGUGGACAUGGAGGUUAUGGCCAUGGCGGACACGGUGGAUAUGGCUGUGAGGUUCAAGAGCUUAUGCACAAAGCUCACAUGUUUAACUAGUAAUGGAAAUAAAGCCUUCCUAGGCCAGGACUACCGUUUCGACCAGAAGUUACUCUUCGUGCGGACGCAGAUGCUGCACAAUGCUUUCACUUCAGACACUCCAAAGGGAGGAAGCAAGAACCUGCCAUCGAGGAGAGGCACAACCGCAUAA